AUGGCUGCGCUUGCGCUUCUUUCGGUUUCUUCUCCACCUCCUUCGCUCCUCCUACGCCCCAUGCCUUCCUCUCUCCUCCGCCCUUUCCUCCCCCUUCGCCGCCGCCUAUCCCUCGCCGCCGCUGCGGCCGCUCGUCCCGACACCACCCUCUGGACCGAAGCCCCCGUCACCACCAUCCACCCCGCCUCCGCUGACGGCUCCCUUUUCCACACCUCAAUCUACACCGGCGACCUCGCCUCCUCCUACACCGCCCCCGGUCAAUACCUCCAGGUCCGCCUCCCCGUCUCCAAGAAACCAUCUUUUCUCGCCAUCGCUUCUCCACCUCCCUCCCUUGAUUUGUCCCCGACUGGUGAGUUCGAGUUCCUUGUGAAAAAGAUCGCUGGAUCCGUCGCAGAGUUGCUGUGCGGGUUGCGGAGUGGUGACGCUAUUGAGCUUAGUGCUGUCAUGGGCAAAGGAUUCGAGAUCCAUCGGAUCUCUCCGGCUGAUGCGUUUCAAUCCAUCUUGAUCUUCGCCACCGUCUCCGGAAUCAGCUUUCAGACAACUACAUGGAAGAUUUAUGUGCUAAUAUCAAGGUUGGAGAUAGAUGUCAAAUUGAACUUGGGGAGAAAAGGGGAGUUGUAAAGUUUGUUGGCAAAGCUGAAACUGCAGGACCUGGAUACUGGGUGGGAAUUCAAUAUGAUGAGCCUCUAGGGAAACAUGAUGGGACUGUGAAAGGAAAACGCUAUUUUGAUUGUCCUCCACAACAUGGCGCUUUACUUAGGCCAGACAAAGUAAAG